CCAAGGCACCUUUCCUAACUGCGGAGGGGAGCAACGGCCGAGCUGAGACUCGGGAAGAUUAAAGCCACAAAGCACAACCAGCGCAGCUGGAACUCCGCUCCGCGGGCUUCUCCUCCAGCUGCUCGUCAGCUGACUGGCUGGGAGCUGUCACUCUCUUUCAAGAAAGGCCCCGCCCCCGGCUACCCCAGGAACUCAGCGUCCGAGCCGCGGUUGGUCGACGCGCUCUGCCGGCCCGGCCCCUUUGCCUGAGUGUCAGCGAGAAAAACAAUAUAAGGCACCAAGUGGGGAGGCUCGGGCGAAUCACAGCUGUUCCAUUCCAGCGCUGGAGGCUGAGGCUGAGAGCCGAGCGCGGAGGAGGUGGUGGGGCGCCUUCCCCCCCUUUCCUUCUUCCCCUCCCUCCCCUUUCCCAGCGCGAUCCUGACGGCAGCCAAUCACCCACCUUUCGCCAAGCUGCCGAGCGAGCAAAAAGUUGCUCGGGAAUCGCCGCCGCGGCGGGCUGAAAAAGAGCCGGACUUACAAACAAAAGCAAGAAAGAGCCAGAGAGUUAUAAUUGUUUUUGAAACCCAGCGAAAUAUUCCCCCCCCCCCAAGGGGGAAGGGGGCACCGCAGCAGCACAGCAGCAGCAGCAGCAGCUCAAUCCGCCUCGCAGGAUUUUUCUUCCUUCUGCCAACGGGUUACUGGCCAGGAAAGCAAAUCGGGCAAGCUGCCUUGCCUGCUCUUUUUUUUCUUCUUCUUCUUCUUUCUCUUUUGCACAGCGCUGCGGUCUCCGUUAGAGAGAAGGCGAAAGCAGCAGCAGCAGCAGCAGCAACCAGCAGAGCGGCCGCAGCCGCCUUGGGUGCGCGUGUCUCCCGGGUUGCCAGGCUCGGCGGCUCCCGGCCUCGGCGGCGCGCAGAAGCAGCAGCAGAAGCAUAGAAGAAAAGUUUUCUUCGGACUGGCUGGCCGCGAGAAAGCCGAGGCCCUGGAGUGAGGGCGACGAAGCGGCGAAAUCCUCCUGCUUUUCCCUCCCUCUCUCUCCUUCGCCGUCUUCAACCGGAGGGGAGGCGCUCCUACCGCUGCACGCCGCGAUGGCUGCCGAGCUGAGCAUCGGCCCCGAGCUGCCCACCAGUCCCCUGGCCAUGGAGUAUGUCAACGACUUCGACCUGAUGAAAUUUGACGUGAAGAAGGAGCCGCUCGGCCGAUCCGAUCGCUCGGGCAGGCACUGCACGCGUCUCCAGCCGGCUGGCUCGGUGUCCUCCACCCCUAUCAGCACCCCUUGCAGCUCGGUGCCCUCCUCGCCCAGCUUCAGCCCCACCGAGCAGAAAACGCACCUGGAGGAUCUCUACUGGAUGGCCAACAGUUACCAGCAGAUGAACCCGGAGACGCUCAAUCUGACGCCGGAGGACGCCGUGGAAGCCCUCAUCGGGUCCCACCAAGUGCCCCAGCAGCUCCAGAGCUUCGAGAGCUUUCGGGCCGCCGCUGCCCACCACCACCACCACCCCCAUCAUCACCCCCACCCCCACCCCCACCAUCAAUACGGAGGGAUCCCCCACGAAGACAUGUCCGGCGCCGGCCACCCGCACCACCACCACCACCACCCGCACCAUCACCAGGCCUCUCCUACGCCCUCCACUUCUUCCAGUUCAUCCCAGCAGAUGCAGAACGCUCACCCUCCUCACCCUUCCUCCGCCUCCUCCUCUUCCGCCUCCUCCUCCAGCAGCGUGGAGGACCGGUUUUCCGACGACCAGCUGGUCUCCAUGUCGGUGCGAGAGCUCAACAGGCACCUGAGGGGCUUCACCAAGGACGAAGUGAUCCGCCUUAAGCAGAAGAGGCGGACCUUGAAGAACCGCGGCUACGCCCAGUCUUGCAGGUACAAGCGGGUCCAGCAGAAACAUCACCUGGAGAACGAGAAGACCCAACUGCUUCAGCAGGUAGAACAGCUCAAGCAAGAAGUGACCCGGCUGGCCAGAGAAAGAGACGCCUACAAGCUCAAGUGCGAGAAACUGGCCAGCAAUGGUUUUCGAGAGGCUGGAUCCACCAGCGACAACCCGUCUUCUCCCGAGUUCUUCAUAACUUUAUCCUGGACUUUGCAAAACAAAGGGACGGGCACCGGACAAGCCAUCUAGAAUACCCACUUUGGAGUUCCUAAAAAACGGAAGAACACAUGGCGAAGGGGGGAAGUGCAUCAGUAGCCUGGAAAAGGAGCAAGGACAAUAUAUGCAGGUUUUUCAUAGAUUGCCUGCUUUGAAAAAAAAGGGACAGAAUUGAGAUGGGACUUAACCAUGUGAGCUAGUAAAAUAGGAAAGGAAAUUAAAGAGAGGGAGAGACUCCUCCUCAGUUUUAUUGCCUGCUUGAUUAUAUAGGAAAAAAAAUACAAAAAAAAUCUGCAUUAAAAAUAUUAAUCCUGCAUGCUGGACAUGUAUGGUAACUUCUAUUUUGUACCAUUUUCUUGUUUAAGAAUUUCGCAUGUUGUUGAUCAUCGACCAUACUUCUUUUUUUUCUGUUGUACUGUUGUUUGUUUCUUUGAAUAAGAAACUGUCACAAAUUCUAUAUAAAAACCCCUUCUUUUUACUUGCACAUGCAACUGCUUGUUCUAUCUCUCUAUUAGCUUUAUUUUUCUUUUUUAAAUUUGGGAACUCAAUCCACUAAGCAUGUCUCCUGUGCAAGUUUCACAGAAAUCAAGGAGGCCACUGCAUAAGAGAACAGCUGGGGGUGGAUUGGGCCCUCUGUUACCUUGUAAAUAUCAGCCACACCACAUAAAUCUGCACAGGGCAAAACACAAGAACAUUUCAGCAGGCUGGUUUUCAGUGAUCAUUUGUUGCAGAAAUAAUAACCUACAAAAUUCUGGGCAUUUUUGCAUUCAGAAAACAUCCUUGUAUAUUCGGUGCACUUUUAAAAGCUGUAGGUUGUGGGUUUUUUGGUGGUUUUUUUUGUUAAUUUAGUUUUCAUUUUGGUUUUUGUUGGGGCAGAAAGAGAUUUGCUUUUCCUCUUUUAAUUCCCCAAUCUUAAUUAAAUUACUUGGAGGUCAAGUAUGCUGAAAUUAAGGAGAGCUGAUCUUCAGCUCUCUGUGACUAGAAAGAACCAAGUUCAUUUGUAUCCAGUUGGAUUUAACUUCCAAGUAAGUUUGCUUAUAAGUCACCUAUUGAAAUAUUUUUUAAAAAAAAUAUUAAUUGGAGAGGAAUAUAAUUUUAAAUGGCAACAAUGGAUAAUUUCAGUGGCUGGGACUUGCUGCAGUCCAUCAUUCGUGACCCAGCAUCUGCAUGGGCCACCUGAUUUUAUUGCUGGCUCAGAAAAAAAGAUUUGCAAUUAUUUUUCUCUCUUCUCCAAAGCAACAAUUGGCUGCUUGGUUUCUUAACUAAAACAUGAGUCAGUUUCACUGACUGCAUCCAAGGCAGCUCAUGUAUUUUACAGUUAAGUUGAUGCCUCUGUAAAAAAGGAUGAAUGAAUUCAUAAUGCAUAGGGGAAAAAACAACUUUCCUCUUUUAAAAAGGUGGUUUUAGCUUUGCAGCUUCCAAGUUUAGCUUUUGCAAUGUUUAAUCUGCUUUUUCACGCAGCCAGUGAGUGUAGCCAAAACUUUUAGUAGUUUGGAAAUUUAUGGGUGUUUAUUAUAAUUAUUAUUUCUUGUGAUUCCCCCCCCCCUCCUUUCCCCUCUUUUUUCCUCCUGCAGGUCAGUAAAAGGAUUUUACGUUGCACUGACAAAAAUACCAAAAUGAAAACCUUUAUUUUUUAGUUUCCUUUUCGAAUUUGCUGGCACUGCUGGCCGGAUGCAUUUUGAGUUUGUAUUAGUUUAUAAAUUAACAGUAAUACCAAGAAUCAUGAAAAAUGAAAAGCAUGGUGCUUGCAGUUUUAAAUAUUGUGAAUAUUAAUAGUCAUGCAUCAGAAAAUACCCCUCUAAGCUUUGGGUUUUUAUGGAUUCAACUGUGUUGAAAUCACAGCAUUGCAGCAGCAGAAAAUGUUUUUAUUUCAUGUAAACGUUCUGAAGGGAUCAAUUUCAAAUCCUGCUUAUGAUAUGAAAAAUAUUAAAAAAACACCUCUUGGUCUUAUUGUAGUUUUA